CAGCUAGCAUCACUGUAAACAAAAAAGUGUAGAUUCUUGUAGUUUAUUAUUAUUAUUUCAAUGUUUUGAUUGAAAUAUUGAUUAAAUAUGAAUUUCAAACAAAGCUUGGGGCUCUUCUUCGUCCUUAUGCUAACAAUAUCUCAUACAAAUGCAUCCAAAAUACUGGCAGCUUUCGUUUUCCCUGGCAAAAGUCAUGCGAUGAUGUACAAUACCCUAAUCAAAGAGUUGCUGCAUCGAGGACAUGAGGUUACCUUCAUUACGAAUUUCCCUCUGGGGAAGGAUCUAGGAAGUAACUACACCGAAGUACAAAUUCCAGUUUACGAUUUUUGGAAUGAUAUUAAAGUUCACUUUAAGGCCUCAAGUCAUUUUGAUUUAACCACCAUGACAAUGAAAGGUUUUAUGGAAAUGCUCGAUAUCAUUGGUGAAAAAGUUACCGAACAUGCCUUGAAACAACCAAAUGUUCAAGAAAUAUUCAAUCGAACCGACACUAAAGAUGUUUAUGAUCUUCUGUUAGUUUCACAAUUUUAUCAGGAGGCGUUUUUGACAUUGGGACUUAAAUACAAUAUACCUGUGGUUACUUCAAGUACUUUGGGUUAUGAAAAUUUCUACAGUCAUAUGAUGGGAAUUAUCCAGCCCUGGUCAUUUGUACCUCACGGAUUUUUGCCAUACGAUGAUAGAAUGGAUUUUUGGGAAAGAGUCAUAAAUACUAUAAGUUCUUUCUAUGAAGAUGUCUUCAGGGAGUAUGUUUAUUUACCAAAACAGGAUGCUUUGGUGCAGAAGUAUUUGUCACAUUUGCCAAUUAAAUUUCCAAAAAUGUCAGAAAUGGAAAGAAACAUUUCGGUGAUGCUUUUGAAUAGUCAUGCUCCAAUUACAACACCUAGACCAACGAUAGCAGGAAUGGUUAAAGUCGGAGGAUUACACAUUCAGAAACCAAAGUCAUUGCCAACAAAUAUCAAAACUUUCUUGGAUGAAGCCACCCAUGGAGCUAUAUACUUUAGUUUAGGAACCAAUAUUCAGAGUGCCGAUAUGCCUCCGGAGAAGAUCCAAAUCUUCUUGGAUGUCUUCGCUGGUAUGAAACAGAGAGUUCUGUGGAAAUUCGAAGCUGAUAAAAUUCCAAAACUUCCGAAGAACGUUAUGGUUCAGAAAUGGAUGCCACAAAAUGAUAUUUUAGCUCAUCCAAAUGUCAAAGUCUUCAUAACCCACGGUGGAUUGUUUGGCAGUCAGGAAGGUGUCUAUCAUGGAGUGCCUAUGCUGGGAAUGCCUUUCUUCUGUGAUCAGUAUCUCAACAUCAAGAAAGCAACAAAAGCAGGCUAUGCUCUAUCACUAAAUUUCCCAGAAAUCACCAAAGACUCUCUUAAACACUCUCUCACCGAACUUCUGGAGAAUCCCUUCUACAGUGAGAACAUGAAACGAAUUUCCCUCAUUUUUCGAGAUCGUCCAACGAGUGCUUUAGAAACUGCAAUGUAUUGGAUAGAAUAUGUUAUCCGGCAUAAAGGAGCUCCUCAUAUGCGUUCAGCUGGAAUUGAUUUAGCUUGGUAUCAAUUCUAUUUGCUUGAUGUUAUGGCAUUGAUAGCAUUAGUAAUAGCUUCCGUGCUUGGAGUGAUUAUAAUGAUGAUAAGAUAUUUGAUUCAAAUCAGAAGUAAAAGUAGAAAGAUCAAGGUGAAAAGUAGUUAGAUAAGAGUCUUAAGUUAUUUAUAGUUUAUAAAUAUUAAUUAAAUAAAAACAAAACAAACAUUUAA